AUGCUGGUGACUACAGAAGCUUCUAUGAAGCCAUCAGGGCUGUUUAUGGCCCAAGACACCACACAGCAGUACGCCGAUGCUGGUGACUACAGAAGCUUCUAUGAAGCCAUCAGGGCUGUUUAUGGCCCAAGACACCAGGCUCAGAGUCCAUUACGCAGUGCGGAUGGACUGACACUCCUCAAAGACAAGACAUCUAUCCUUACCCGAUGGUCUGAGCACUUCCAGGCACUCUUUGGAGCUGACCGGGUUGUCCAGGACUCAGCAACCCUCCGCAUCCCCCAGCUGUCAGUCAAGGAGGAACUGGAUGUACCGCCCUCUCUGCAAGAACUUACAAAAGCCAUUGAGCAGAUGAAGAGUGGCAAAGCAGCAGGAGUUGAUGGAAUUCCACCUGAGAUAUGGAAAUGUGGAGGACCAGUGUUACACAACAAGCUCCAUGAACUCCUUGUCUGUUGUUGGGAACAGGGCAAGCUACCAGGAGACCUCCGCGAUGCAGUCAUCAUUACCUUAUACAAGAAUAAGGGGGAAAGGUCUGACUGCUCAAACUACAGGGGUAUCACUCUACUGUCCAUCGCAGGAAAAAUCUUUGCCCGAGUGCUCUUGAAUAGGCUAGUACCUGUCAUCGCAGAAGACCACUUCCCAGAAACCCAGUGUGGCUUCAGAGCAAACCGAGGUACCACAGACAUGGUCUUCGUCCUCCGUCAGCUCCAAGAGAAAUGCCGGGAACAAAAUAAAGGACUGUACAUAACGUUUGUCGACCUAACCAAGGCAUUUGACACGGUGAGCAGAAAGGGCCUCUGGCUAAUCUUGGAACGCCUCGGUUGUCCCCCAAGGUUCCUCAGUAUGAUCAUCCAGCUGCAUGAAAACCAGCGUGGCCAAGUUAGGUUAAACAGCCAUCACUCCGAAUCUUUCCCAAUCACAAACGGUGUGAAACAGGGUUGUGUCCUUGCACCGACGCUGUUCAGUAUCUUCUUCAGCGUAAUGCUCAAGCAGGCCAUGGAAGGUCUUGAUGAAGACGAGGCUGUCUACAUCCGCUACCGCCUCGAUGGCAGUCUAUUCAAUCUCAGGAGACUGCAGGCCCACACAAAAACUUGUGAGCAAAUAUUUAGAGACCUUCUCUUUGCCGAUGAUGCUGCCCUCGUUGCCCAUACCGAAAGAGCCCUGCAGUGCUUGACAUCCUGCUUUGCGGAGGCUGCUCAACUCUUCGGACUCGAAGUCAGCUUGAAGAAGACGGAAGUCCUCCAUCAACCUGCACCCCGGGAAGAGUACCGCCUUCCUCACAUCACUAUUGGCGAGACUGUGUUGAAGAGCGUUCACCAGUUUACCUACCUGGGAUGUACAAUUACUUCAGACGCCAAGAUUGACAGGGAAGUAGACAACAGACUGGCCAAAGCUAACAGUGCCUUCGGCAGACUGUACAAGCGGGUCUGGAGAAAUAAGCAUCUGAAAAGGGGCACCAAGAUCAGCGUAUACAGAGCUGUUGUCCUCACCACCCUACUGUACGGUUCUGAGUCGUGGGUAACUUACCGCCACCACAUGCGACUCCUGGAGCGUUUCCAUCAGCGCUGUCUCCGGAUCAUCCUCAACAUUCACUGGACCGACUAUGUCACAAAUGUUGAGGUCCUUGAACAGGCGGAGAUCCCCAGUAUCGAGGCCAUGCUGCUGAAGACUCAGCUCCGUUGGGCAGGACACAUCUCAAGAAUGGAAGACCAUCGCCUGCCCAAGAUAGCCCUGUACGGCGAACUUUCUACUGGCAAUCGUGACAGAGGGGCUCCAAAGAAACGCUUCAAGGACAUCCUGAAGAAGUCCCUCGGUACAUGCCAUAUCGAUCAUUGCCAGUGGUCUACUCUGGCUGCUGACCGUGCUAGCUGGCGACAUAUAGUCCAUCAGGCUGUCUCUUCUUUCGAGGAAUCCCGAAAAGAUCACCUGAGGGAGAAACGUCGCCGCAGAAAGAAUCGCGAAGCCUCAGCAGCCACACCAAACGUGACUUUUGACUGCGGCCGCUGUGGCCGGGCCUGUCUAUCACGUAUUGGCCUUGUGAGUCACAUGCGUGCCUGCAGUCGACGUGGACUGCCUUUAUAA